AUGCUUUGGAAUAAUGAAGUACCAUCAACAGCUUACUUAACAGCCGCUGAUGUUUGGGUCUUUUUAUGCAAUAUAUUCAUUCUUCUUUCAUUGCUCGAAGUUAUAGCAGUGCAUAUAUUAACGAAAAUGUCACACAAGCAACUUCUGCUUGCCAAUAAAAAUGAAUCUGUUCGAGCGGAAAGCCGGUAUCGGCGCGAAAAGCAGGCUGCAAAACGAGGUCGUUCAAUUAGCCCAAGACCACCUGUUGCUAAUGGACGAAUGCUUGAAAUGAAACAUUUCGAUCAAGAUUUACCUGGUUCAACGUCAACGUCAAACUAUGAUACUCUGAUAAAUGAUUAUUUCCAUCGUUGGUCCGAUUAUUACUCAGUAACAGCUGCACGGGUUGAUCUAUCAGCGCGUAUCAUACUGCCACUUGCUUAUGGUAUUGUAGCUUCACUCUAUUUCUUCUUUUAUCUAUUUUUGUAA